AACACUCAGACUAAUGGCGUCUUCACAAGACGGACCAGCUGAUUCUUAUAUCUGCCUGCAAAACUACAUGAAGACAUAAGCUCUGCGGCAGGCAUCAUGACCACAGCUAGGUACCGACCCACCUGGGAUUUGGCCCUGGACCCGCUGGUGUCCUGUAAGCUGUGUCUGGGAGAGUUUCCCUUGGAGCAGAUGACCACCAUCACCCAGUGCCAAUGCGUCUUCUGCACUCUGUGCCUGAAGCAAUACGUGGAACUUCUCAUCAAAGAGGGCUUUGAAACGGCUAUCAGCUGUCCGGACUCGGCCUGUCCAAAACGUGGACAUUUACAAGAAAAUGAGAUUGAAUGCAUGGUGGCCGCAGAGAUAAUGCAGAGGUACAGGAAGCUGCAGUUUGAGAAGGAGGUGUUGCUGGACCCGAGCCGGACCUGGUGCCCGUCCUCCACGUGCCAGGCCGUGUGUAAGCUGAAGGAGUCUGACACGGCGCUUCCACAGUUGGUGCGGUGCAACGUUUGCACACUUGAGUUCUGUUCCGCCUGCAAGGCCAGCUGGCACCCGGACCAAGACUGCCAACAGAACGUUCCCAUCACCGCGUUUCUACCCGGAGAGAGCAGUUUGUUCUUUAAGGCUGACGAUGACGACGCCCCCAUCAAACGCUGUCCCAAAUGUAAAGUCUAUAUAGAAAGAGACGAGGGCUGUGCCCAGAUGAUGUGCAAGAACUGCAAGCAUGCUUUCUGCUGGUACUGCCUGGAGUCUCUGGACGAUGACUUCCUCCUGAUCCAUUAUGACAAAGGACCCUGCCGGAACAAAUUAGGCCACUCCAGAGCCUCCGUGAUCUGGCACAGAACGCAGGUUGUUGGUAUCUUCGCCGGCUUCGGCCUCCUCUUACUGGUAGCUUCUCCGUUUCUGCUGCUAGCCACACCAUUCGUGCUGUGCUGUAAGUGCAAGUGCAGUAAAGGCGACGAUGACCCUUUACCCACCUAACAGCCCAGCGUGAGCAGUCCCUGUACCAGGAAUUCCGGUCAUCUCCUUUUAUCGCUUUUCUUUUCCUCCUCCGCCUUCGAGCUCUUCAUCAACCGGUGGGACUUGCGCAUUUGAAGCCGCAACACGAGCCAUCUCACGCCACGGUUACUGUCACAGCUGUCAGUAGGCUCCAUCCCGGCAGGCCUGAUAAGACUAAAGGAGACUUCAUGAGCCUGCUGCUUGCUUAGGUGGAGGAUUCGAGAGCUGGGGGUUCCCUCCGCAGUAACAAAAGGGAUGUUACUGAAGGAGCACAGCGCUGUUCCAUCCGGGCGCUUGUGGAUGUUUCGCAUAUGUGGCUGUUCAGGAGGGUUCUGUUCUAAUAGAACAUAUAUUCAGUGUGUUUAUGUCUGUUUCUGUGUGCAUAGUAGCAUUUCAGUCACUCGGCCUAUUCUUUAAUACUUGUUUUGCACAGAUAAGGGGCUUUUUGUCACUUUAAAUGCUCUAAAGUCAGUAGAUUUCAGUUUUGGCUCAAAUGUACAGCUAUUAUGCUAUUUUAAAUGUUUAUUAACUGCUAAAUUUUGCAUUCAAAAGUUUUUAAUAGCAUGUUUGUUUGCUUUUUCAUGUCAAGUUAUUGUCUUUCGGUCUGAAACUAUUGACAACCCUAGUUUGAUUAGGCAUAUUUUGGCCAAUUUAGUGACUCAAAUUCAGUCACUGACCUCCCUGGAUUUAAAACAUAAAUAUGAUUCCAAAGCAGGGCUGUUCAAUGAGUUUACAAUGCCAAAUAUUGACCUACUGUCUUAAAUAUUUUUCUUCCCAUAAUAAUAAUAAUUAUUAUUAUUAUUCAAUUUUGUUUGUAGCUAAAGUUAAACUCCUUGAUCAUUUUCUCUAGUGAAAUGUGAUGUCUGGUCAUCUUGUAAUUUUGGUCAGAUAGUUUAAAACUUGCAUACAGUUUGUAUCACUUG